AUGGCAUCCGCCUAUUCUCCAGCACAAGAAGGAGAACCAGCACAAUCACCAGCACCAAUACCACCACUAGGACCAGCACCAAUACCACCACCAGACCACCCAACACACACCAGCACUAGCUCUAGAACCGGCACAAGAACCGGUACGAGUACUAGCACAAGCACCAGCACCCGCAGAAGCAUUAGCAACAGCACAAGCAACAUCACCGGCACCAGUAGAAGCACCAGCAUAAACACCAGCACAAGCACCAUUACCACCACCAGCAGCAGCACCUGCACCAACACCACCACCAGCACCAGCACCAGCCAAAGCACUAGGACAGGAAGAAGCGCCAGUACCAGCAAAAGAAUCGGCACAGGUACCAGCACAAGCACAAGCACCGGUUCCAGCGGAAGCCAAAGCACCAUAACCCGCACCACCACCAGCACCAGCAGCAGGCUUAUCACCAGGACAGGCAAAAGGACAAGCACCAGCACAAACACCAGCACAAGCACAAGCAACUGGACCAGAACAUGCUCCAGCACUUGCACCAGCACAGGCACCAGCACCAACACCAGCACCAGCACCACCACCACCACCAGCACCGACCUCAGCACUGGGACAGGCACCAGCCUAAGCACUAGCACAAGCACCAGUAUCACCACCAGCAGCAGCAUCACCACCAGCACCACCACCAGCACCAGCACCAGCCGAAGCACCACGACAGGAAAAAGUGCAAGCACCAGCAAAAGCAACGGCACAGGUACCAGCACAAGCACAAAGACCGGUUCCAGCACAAGCCACGGCACCAUAACCCACACCACCACCAGCACCAGCUGCAGCCUAAGCACCAGGACAGGAAGAAAGACCAGCACAAGCACCAGCACAAGCACCAGCACAAGCACCAGCACAAGCACCAGCGCCAGCAACAGCACCAGCACCAGCACCGGCCCAGGCUCCAGCAAUAGUACAGGCUCCAGCACAAGUGCCGCCACCGGUGCGGGUACCAGUAGAAGCAACAGCAGCAGCACCAGCACCAACCUAUGCACCAGGACAGGCCAUAACGCCGGCACCAGCACUAAAACCAAAACCAGCAGAGGCACCAGCACCAGUACCAUCACCAGCUACAGCACCAGCACCAGUACUGCAACCAGGAGCAGCACCAGCCUAAGCAACAGCACCAACUUCAGCAUUGGUACUGGCACCAGCACAAAAGCCAGCACCGGCCCAAGUAAGGGCCAAAACACAAGCAGCAGCAACAAAACCAGCACCAGCUCAAGCACCAGCCCCAGCACCAGCACAAGCACUUGCACUGGCCCAAGUUUCCGGUACGAGUACCAGCACAAAUACCAGCACCAGCACAAGUCACAGCACCAGCAUCAGCACUGGCACCAGUACAAGCAGCAGCAUAAACACCAGCAAAAGCACCAGAACAAGCGCCGGCUCUUGCACAAGCACCAGCACAAGCACCAGCACCAGCAGCAAGACGAGCACAAGCACCACCACACACACCACCACCAGCACCACCAACAUCACACCCCCCAGCACCACCACCAACCUAAGCACCAGGACAUCAGAAGCGCCAGCACUAGCACCAACACCAGCACUAGCACCAGCACCAGCACCAGCACCAGCACCUGCACAAGCACCCAGUCCAGCACCAGCACCAGAAACAACACCAGCUCCAGCACUAGUACCAGCACCAGCAACAGCAACAGCACCAUUACCAGCACCAGCGCCAUCGCAGGCACCGGAUCCAGCACAAGCACCAGCACCAGCACCAAUACCACCACCCCAACCAGAACAGGCACCAGCACAAGCACCAGCACCACCACCAGCACUAGCACCACCACCAGCACCAGCACCAGCCUAAGCAGCAGGACAGGCUUAAGCGCCAGCACCAGAACCAACACCAGCACAAGCACUGGGUCAAACACAAGCACCAGCACCACCACCAGCAGCAGCACCAGCCUAAACACCAGCACCAACUCCAGCAUUGGGACAGGCACCAGCACAAACGCCAGCACCAGCCCAAGUAACGGCCAAAGCACAAGCAGCCGAAACAACACCAGCACCAGCUCAAGCACCAGCACCAGCACCAGCACAAGCACUUGCACUAACCCAAGUUUCCGCUACGAGUACCAGCACAAGCAACAGCACCAGAAUCAGUACCGGCACCAGUGCAAGAAAGAGCAUAAACACCAGCACAAGAACCAGCACAAGCACCAGCAGAAGCGCCAGCACCGGCCCGGGCACCAUGACAAGCAACAGCACAAGCAGCAGAAGCAGCAAAAGCACUGGGAGCAGCACAAGCACCAACACCAGCACCAGCCUAAGCAGCAGCACCAACACCAGCAGCAACUCUAGAACCAGUACAGGCACCAGCACUAGUGCAGGCACCAGCACAAGCGCCGGCACCGGUGCAUGGACAAGCACAAGCAACAGCACCAGCACAAGCACCAAAUCUAGCACGAACACCAACAUAAGCA